UUUCAGGUAUAUUCAGAAUCCAAUAAAGAAUCAAUUUCUUUUGCCCCGCGUUUGGUAGUUAUUCGACAGCUUGCGGGUGAUAAAGACAAAACAUAUUACGUAGAAGAACAAACUCCAAUUAAUAGUCACAGUUUUAUAGGAAACAAAGAAACUCAAGUUAAUUACAACCCAACAGAAUUCGUAACAAACAUCUACGAACAAUAUCAUUAUUACAAACAAGAAAACAGUCGUCUAUUUACAACUGCUAAUAUGAACCCUCUUGAAGAUAACGAAAGGAAAAUUAUAAUUGAAUUUUGUCAUCUUCUUGAGAAGUCCAAGCAGUUGUUUAAUGGACUUCGAGAGUUACCGCAAUAUGGACACAAGCAGUGGUCUUUGUAUUUUGGACGCACUUUUGACAUAUACACCCGCCUAUGGAAGUAUCAACAAACUCAUCGCACUAUCUUGGAUACUAAAUACGGAAUGAAGCGAUGGCAAAUAGGCGAAAUUGCUUCAAAAAUUGGCCAACUUUACUACCAUUUCUAUUUAAGAACUAGUGAAACUGCUUACUUGAACGAAGCUUUUUCAUUCUAUUACGCUAUUAGAGGAAGAUGCUACUACACAAAAGCAAAUAAGGAAGAUAAAUGCGAGUUGAUGGUGAAGAAGCUCAGAUACUAUGCUAGAUUCAUAGUAGUCUGCCUUUUAUUAAAUAAAAUGAAACUAGUUAAGGAGCUAAUUAAAGAGCUCGAAAGACAGAUCAUUGAGUAUGGGAAUACUUAUGACCCAGAUGACCAGGUGGAAUGGACUGUGGUCGUCGAUGAGGUCAAAGCCUUCAUUCACGCAGAGCCUAUUGUAUCGGUUGUCAACACCGAUAACCAAACGAUGAUUCUAUCACACAGAUUAUCACCUAUGGUGACGCCUCCAGUGGAAAGAUCACCGCAGAUGAACCUUUCUCUCCAAGAGAUACUGAUAGUGGGCAGCAGUUCUCAGCAAGUGAAGUUCUCGGAGCUGACGAUGGACAUGUUCCGGAUGCUGCAGACCUUGGAGAGAGAGCCGUCUGGCGACAUUCAGCACAUCUUCGACGAGUCUCCACGGCAGAGAUUUAUGUCGACGCCCAGCGCUCCUUGCCAAGAAGGAGUGGAACCCGGGCAGAAGGCCUCCAACCCGCACAAGUACCUGCUCUUCAAGCCUUCGCCCUGCCAGAUGCUGGUCUACCUAUCCAGUGCCUGCAACGAUCUGCCUCCCAACGGCGCCUUGCUGCUCUACAUAUCUGCUGACGGCUUCGUCACGCAGAACAACAAGCAUACCGACGAGGGGACGUGGGGUUACGACUUAGGUGGUCUGAUCACGACCUCCAAGAACGACAUCUUCAGAGAAUGCAGCAAGGACCCCAAGGCGUCUACCUCCACCAAGUUCAAGGAGCUCCAGUGCUUCUACCCUGGAGACCUAUACCCGUACACCAGGCGGCCGCUCUUCGUCGUCGUCGACUCCGACAACUCCUACGCCUUCCAGAACAUGCCAAGGCACUUCGGCCAGCCCCUGGUAAUACUGAUGUCACCACUGGACCUGCCGCCUUCCUUCCACGACCCUCGGAGGCAAGGCAGUCUCUUCACUCUCUUCCUGCACUCACCACUGGAAGGUCUCUGCUACUGCUGCGACCUGAGCAGCGUCACCGUAGCUCUCUGGGAUAGAGCCCAGAUGCUUCUGGACACCUUCAUGGCAGAAGCUUCUAGCAUACUCGUCAGGAGUAGAAUCGACCCAACAUUCCUCUCGUUCAUUGGCGAUGACUUCUUGCGCCUGCUACUCCUACGAUUCGUGUUCUGCGAAGCCGUGCUGCGCAUGCACCGGCUGUUCCGAGGCCGGACCCAUCGGCCUCGGUGCUCUCCUCCCAUGCCCGAAGAUCUGUUUGACCAUCCAACACUAGUCCAUAUUAUCUUGGACAUCGCUAACGUAUUACAGAUCCGAAAUCACAUUCAGGAUCCGUCAGCGACGACCGCUGUAGCUGGUCCCAAUUAAAACUCUUCCUCUAAAUGCCGUCGGUGUCAAAUGUCAAAUGUCAUGACGAAGGCACAAAGUGGAACAUUUAGUGUCAAAUGCCGUCAGUGUCAAAUGCCAAAUGUCCUGACGAAGGCACAAAGUGGAACAUUUAGUGACAAAUGCCGUCAGUGUCAAAUGCCAAAUGUCCUGACGAAGGCACAAAGUGGAACAUUUAGUGACAAAUGCCGUCAGUGUCAAAUGCCAAAUGUCCUGACGAAGGCACAAAGUGGAACAUUUAGUGACAAAUGCCGUCAGUGUCAAAUGCCAAAUGACCUGACGAAGAGAAAGUGGUAGUGAAGCAAUUAGUGUCCAAACAAAUUGCGCGAAAACAAAAACUAAAAUUCUUCUAUAAACCAAAAACAUUAAAUACACCAAAACACAAUUAAAUACAUAAAAACACUAAAAAUAUUAUAUUGCGGAAAACUGUGUACUUUUCAAGAAGUGACAAAAACACUUACUAAUAUUUGUUUUGUUUUAUAGGUUAAAAAAGU